GCAACAUGGCGGCAGCCGGCGGCGGCGAGUGAUGGCGGGGGCUGAGGGGACGGGCCGGGGUUGCUCUUAGCGAGCUCCGAAGGGCUGCAGCAGCUGAGGGGAACGAGACGCUGCAGCAGCUGAGAGGGGAGUCCCAGCAGCAAGAAGGGAGUGCUCAGAGCUUCAGGGUUCGCAGCAGCUCAGGGGCUGCAGCAGCAAGAGGGGAACACUCAGAGGUCUGGGGAUCCCGGCAGCUCGAGGGGGUCUCAGCAGCAAGAGGGGAUCGCUCAGAGGUUUGGGGGUCCCAGCAGCAAGAGGGGAGUCCUCAGAGGGUUGGGAGUCCCAGCACCUCGAGGAGGCGCCAGCAGCAAGAAGGGAGAGCUCAGGGGUUUGGGGCCCCAGCAGCCCAGGGGAUUGCAGCUCAGCGGCUGCCGCAGCCCAGCGCCCCUCGCCCAGAGUACAUCGCCUGCCAGGAUGGAGGCGCUGCCCGAGCUCUACGCCAUCUUCCAGGGCGAGGUCGCUGCAGUGACAGAAUACGGGGCAUUUAUAAAAAUCCCAGGCUGCAGGAAACAAGGCCUCGUGCACAGGACUCAUAUGUCCUCCUGCCGCGUGGAUAAACCCUCGGAGAUCGUCGAUGUUGGAGACAAAGUCUGGGUGAAGCUUAUUGGGAAAGAGAUGAAAGAUGAUAAACUGAAACUCUCCCUCUCCAUGAAGGUGGUUAACCAAGGCACAGGAAAAGACCUCGAUCCAAACAAUGUUUCCCUUGAUCAGGAUGAGAGGAAGAAGCGCACGUUCAGAGACUACACGAGUCAGAAGAUCACGCUUGAAGCCGUCUUGAACACUGUGUGCAAGAAAUGUGGUUGCAAAGGUCAUUUUGCCAAGGAGUGUUUUGUGCAGCCUGGAGGUACCAAAUAUAGCCUCAUUCCAGAGGAGGAGGAAGAGGAGGUGGCAGCAGCAAGAUGUGAAAGAGAGAAAAAGGGCAGCCUGGCUGAGGAGUCUUCAAAAAAAAGGAAAAAGGUUUCUUUCAGCUGAACUCCCUGCCCUGCUGCCUGGCUGCAGCGGGUGUCCUGACCCAGCCAGUGCAAUGUGAACCAGCCUUAUCUGCACAGGGGGAAAUCGGCAGUUGUGUUUGCACAGGGAGCGUACUCCAUUUCCAGGCUCUGGAGGCAAUUUUCGUUGAUGUGAAAAUGUCAAGAGAUAAGAGACCUUUUAUGUCCAGUGUUUGCAUCCUGGUUUCAGCGCGUGCUGGUAUAAAACGUAGGGGAGACCUGAAAUCCAAACCAGGAGCCUUUGAUGGUCAGUCUGUUUAUACAGCAGUGAGUAUUCCAGUUUGAGACUUCACUAAACAAACUGUUUCAUCAGCCCCUUCACAACUCGAGUCUAACUUUUAAUUAUACUUCCAAAGGUCUUAUUCCUCCAUCCCCCUGUUUUUAAUUUCUCUUUCCGGCCCUGUGGCCUAUCUGUACCCCUGGAGAGAGGGACAAGGGGCAGGAAAGCAGUGGAUUUCCUUUUUACCGGAGAGGGACAAGGACGAUGUUAGUGAUUGCAUGGUGAGAACUAACUUCUGAGGGCUUAAAUUUCCCAGGCUCUCUGGAAUUAAACCAUUUCUAGUGCAAGGCAGAGAGGCUGCAGGUGCUGGAAACAGGGAAUUGAGGAGUCUGUUUUGAUUGACGAGUCCAAAGUGACAGAGGCUGGUGGCUGAAGUCCUGCUUCCAGUCAUGUUUUUCACCAGUUUCUGGCACUUGGUUGUGCUCUUAUUGGAGUGAGGAGUAGUUAACGGGCUCUUGGUGGGGUUAUAGGUGCAGCUUGGCAGAAGUAAAGUGUAUUGUGACUUUCCUUGUUUCAACAGUGCACUUUUGCAUGCCUGUUUCUGCCUUACAGGGGGUACAGAGCAAAGUUAGCAUUAAUUUGAAGCCUAAUUUGCCGUUCCUGUUGGCUCAAUAGUGCUCUGGAUAGCUGAGCUGAUCCAGUAGUAGAUCCUGUUGCCUGAUUCCGUCCUGAGAUGUGCUUUGCUUCCUCACUAUGUAGGCUCUUAUUCAAGAAUGUCUUGGACUUGUCUGCAGCGUGUCACUGUGCUAUGAUAGAAAAUACACAUACUCCUCUAUUCUGACUUUGGAAGCACGUGAUUGAAUGGAGUCAUCUCUCAAAUUCCAUGCUCGCAGUGAUUCUGACCUUUCUGGAUGCCAGAGAAUGGGCUUCUCUCCUGCUACAGAGCAGUGUGAGAGCAGGGCAUCAGUAACGCCUCAGCAGGGCUGGUUUCUCCUGCUUUGGCUUCUCUUCCCUUCAGCAGGGAUGAGGGUUUGUCUGGUAAAAGCUCAUGUAACUUAAGUGCUUUAGGGAAAAUUAAACAGUGAGGUGCACAAAUAGCUUGCUAUCGUAUCAGUGCCCCUCUACCAAGCUGGGGAUUCCCUGUGGAGUCUUGCCCUGGUGAGCCCACAGGAUAUGUGGGUCGCUGCCCUGAAUUUGUUACUAAUAUAGGGGGGUCUGUAGAUUAACAACCUUCCUUUAAAUCUUGCUUGAGGCUUUGAUCCUCCUCCCUUUUCAAGGAGGAGAUCAAAAGUUUUCAGAUGUCUUCCGGUGCUGGAAAAUAGAACUUUGAGCUUUUUGGCGGCAGGAUGUGGGAUCCUCGAUAUGAAUAGCUCCCUUGUUGUCUUGAGCGCCUGCUGUGAUCGUGUCUGGGAGCCACCAUGUGCUUCCCUGCUCGCCCGGAGCCCCAGGGGGAUUGACACAAAUAGCUCCAUCUCCCCCCUAACUUGCCUUGCUGACCCCAUCCCAUGCUUGGAGCAUAAAUGUAGAACUUGUAUUUUCAAAUGAGUAAGCAGGGAGCUGCUGCCUUCCAAGCAUCCAUUUAGUGUCAUUGCAGUAGUAUUACUAUUUUUGGUUGUUUAUGGUCAACAUUUUCUGUUUCCUUAAUCAGAUGCUUCCUUGCAGUUUCUGGGUACUCUUUCCUCUCUGCAGAGAUUCCUCUCCUCACAGAGAUAUCUGGGGUCCUCCCCCUUUUUUUUUUUUUCUCAGCUUUCUUUCCCAAUGAAUCCUUUGUUCUUCACUUUUCUCCUGCCUAAGCUUUUACAAGAGUAAGAGAUUACUGAAGGCUUCAGGUCUCUGCACUGGCCCAGGCUUCUGGUGGGACCGAGGGCACAAGGCUUCCUAGUGACAGCUCACCCUUUUCUGCAUGAGAGCUCUGUCCUGACUCCUGUAAUCCCUGAGAAAAUAAAUGAUGUAAGGGAGAAGCUGAGAUGCCGCUGUUGCAGAGCUGUGCGGAAGUAGUGGAGCUCAUCCGAGGAGGCGCUGGCAGCUGCGCAGGCACCUGACUGAGUCCCUUUCACUUUUGUUCUUCGGGUCGAGAGGUGACAGAGCUCCUAUGGGAACGUGCUGGCGUACCCGUGCUGAGCCUGUGGGGGAGGGAGGCGUGCUGGGAAAAGACGAACCCUUCUGAUUCUUCUUUCCGCAGCGUCUUUCAAGGAAAGAUCUGCAGUUUUGGCAGCAGGAGGAACCCCUUUAAUUUAAACUUGAUAGAAGCGUCCCAUCUUCUGCUCAGAUAUGUGGAUUAACUUGUCCCCGAGGUAGCUUUGCAAUGGUCACUGGAAUUGCAUGGUAAAUGUGACCCAUGAUGGGUUUUUGGCAGAUUUUGCUGCUUUUUCUCCCACCGUGUAAAAGAUUUCCAGGCCAUCUGCUUGCAGAUGUUGUCUCUUCAUGUAUAAACCACACCUUAAUUGUUCAGUGACUUGUACAUCUUUGAGUCUUAGUGCUCCCUCGCUUGUAGCUGGUACUUGUUUUACUGGUUCUUAAAUGGCAUCAGCUUAGGGCACAGCUCUUCGCACUGGGCUGUUCUCUUCUUGUCCUUAGCUGUACUUUUCUGAACUUUGCUGUAUUUGUUUAAUGAUCAUUGACUGCAUCCCUCUCAUCAGGUUAAUGCUGACUGAGAUGCAAUAAUACCUUUAGAUUUACAUAAUGAAUCUUGUUUGGAAUUAAAUUGGGUGGUGAAAUUUCAGGUGUAAGUUUCUUAAGGAUUAAAAAAAGGUAGAAGGAACUGGCACCUCUAAUCCUGGGUUCAGUUUUGGGCACCUCUCUACAAGAAAGACAUUGAGGGGCUGGAGCGCGUCCGGAGAAGGGGAACAGAGCUGGGGAAGGGACUGGAGAAUUAGUCUUAUGAGAGGCAGCUGAGGGAACUUGGGUUGUUUAGCCUGGAGAAAAGGAGGCUGAGGGUAGAUCUCAUCGCUGUCUACAGCUCCCUGAAAGGAGGUUGUAGCGAAGUGGUUGCUGGUCUCUUCUCCCAAGUGACAGGCGAUAGGAUGAGAGGAGAUGGCCUCAAGUUGCGGCCAGGGAAGGUUCAGAGUGGAUAUCAGGAAAAAUUCCUUCACCGAAGGCAUUCUCAGCACUGGCAGAUGCUGCCCAGGGAAGUGGUGGAGUCGCCAUCCCCAGGGGGAUUUAGAAGAUGGGCAGACAAGGUGCUCAGGGGUAUGGUUUAGUAGCGGACAGGUAUGGUUAGAGUUGGAAGAUGUCAAAAGUCUUUUCCAACCGAGCUGUUCUGUGGAGAUGCAGGAAGAUGUAUAUCUGGAAAUCCAUUCUAACUUUUCCCAAGGACAGACAAAAAGUCUCUGAACAAAACCAUAACUCCACAAAACAGUCUGGUGAAAAGUAUUUAAACUUCUUGGAGAGUUCUGGACACUCCCCUCUUAUCUCAAAACCAAAUACCUUCAGAGGAAUGCACAGCCCUGAGCAACUUUCCUUCCAAACAAAGCACAGGUGGGAGCCUGGUGUGUUAAUGUGGUCUCCUCUUAGUGCCAGCUUGUUAAAAGUAACUGGAGCGGCAGGAGAAUCAGCACUGCAGGCUCCAGCCCAGCCUGUUGCUCUUCUGCAUGCUGGCUCCCAAGAUGGGUUUAGAUUUUUGUCUGUUUUCACUGAAUCGCAGGAUGGUUUCGCUUGGAAAAGACCUUUAAGAUCAUCGAGUCCAAUCGUUUAUCCAGCCCUGCUAAGUCCACCACCAAAUCAUGUCCCCAAGUAUGACAUCUACUCAUCUUUUAAACCCCUCCAGGGAUGGUGACUCAAACAGCCUCUUCUGAUGCUUGAAAACCCUUUCAGUAAAGAAAUUCCUUCUAAUAUACAAUCUAAAUCUCUCCUGGCACAUCUUGAGGCCAUUUCCCCUUGUCCAGUCGCUGGCCACCAGGGAGAAGAGACCAGCAUCCACCUCGCUACAACUUCCUUUUAGGUAUGUAGUGUUUUUAGGUAGAUGUUUUGGUGGAAUUGUAAUCAUUAUGUAAAUUGGACAGGAUGUGCAAGGAACCGUAACGUGCAGUCCUUGCACUUACUGGCCCUCUGCAUCUUCACCAUGCUUGGGCAAAAUCCACUCGGAACGCUUACACAAGUGCAGCGUUAGCAGUUGUAGGGGAGCACCUGGCUGUGCCUGGGAGCUGAGUUGGGCUUCAUCCACAGCUGUUGGUUCUGGAGGCCAGUUCGAAGCUCUGGAUGUAGCAGGGCUUUGCUGGAGGCAGAAAUCCAGCCUCUGCUUUGGCGCUGCCCUCUCCCAUGUGUAAACUAGAGAAACGUUCCUGCUUGUGCAACUCUGAGCCAACUGGAAACCAGUGGAGCGCUUCUCUCCCAGUACCAGGAUGCUGCAGUUUAAAGGAAUCGUUGGUUUCGUAGGAGAUUGCUGCUCGUGGGAUGAUUUACUGACAAUGCUAAACUCAUCGCUGGCCCGCUUUGCAGUCCAGCCUGUGCUGUGCUGUCAGCACUGCUCUGAAAGUACUUUUUAUGUGUUGGCGUGGGCAGCUUGGCUGUUAAAGCCCCCAAAAAUUGGAGGCUGAGGUUUGUGGGUUGUUUUCCAGCCAGCAGGUGUCCACGCGUGUACUCUCAUUUCCCCUGUAACACUGAAGGGACUGGUGUGACAUCCUGUCCUGUCUGCAGCCUUCACGUGCUUAGAAAGUUUCCCAAGCUCUGGAAUGAACCUCUUUUAGUUGUUAGGGUCUUGCCAAACUUUCUCACUAUGUGCAAAGGCUGGAAAAGCUUGAGAAAGUUCCCCUUGCUGCAUCCUUUUCUUGAGGAGAUUUAACUCUUUACCAUCCUCUUUCUAAAGACUAUUCCAAUUUGCUCCUGCCAUUCAUCAGUGGGUCAGGGACUUUGGAGCGAGUCUGGUGUUGCUCAGAUUUUGGGUGCAAUCAGUGCUGUUGUGGAGCUACAAGAGCCACUUACCUGCCAAGUCUCUGCCAGGUGUAAACUCAAUCAUCUGCUCUUCCCUGGAGUCCCCAAAGACUCUGUUUCGUGUUCAGCUCCCAGCCACGCAUUGUCUUUGCUCUUCUGCUCCCUGAAAGAGUUGUUCUGUUUCACAUUAAAUAAGCUACCAGCUCCCUUCCUUUGUUGUCCCUAAUUGAUAGCUGGUAUCUGGUGCUACCACACGCAAUCCCUGCUAAACUGAUGUCUUCAGCUGGGUCUUUUGUGUCCCCAUUCUCAUGGGAGAGUGUGAUCUUUUCAAAUUAAAUGUGGACAGUCUCAGCUUGUCUUCUCAUAAGCCAGUAUGUUCAUCUUCCCAUGGCAACUGCACUUGUCUGGAAGUGGCUGGAGCCGAUGGAAGAAAUGUCUGGUGGGAGGACGGGAGAAACCAGCCUCCUCUGUGCUGUCCGUGUUGGGGCACUUCUUUUUCCCCAAGCAAUUUGAGGACGCUUUGUCCUUCAGAGGAGGAUUGUGGGUGGCCCUGGUGGGUACCGGCAGCCCCGUACCCUUGUGUUAACGCAUCCCUGAAUCCAGCGCGGGCUUGGCUGUAGCAUGGUGAGCUGCCUGCAGCAGAUGAGGCAGAGUCGGGAUGAAAGGUCAGUUACUGCAGGGGAUUAUUUUUUUUUCCUCCCUCUGCCUCAUUUUUCAUGCUGUGCUUCUGACUCUUUGUUUCAAAUGGAUGUGUUUUAGCUUGGAGUCCUCUGGGUGAAUCUACACAUGCUCCUGUGUCUCAGCCUUCCAUGAAGUGCGUUUUCUUUGUGCAGAUGCUUUCCAAUCCAUUUCCAGCCAGGGUUGUUUUUCUCUCUGUGGAGUGGGUGUGUGACAGACCUGAGGCAGCACCUGCAGAUGCCCGAGGGAGGAGGGAAUAUCUCACACCGGACCCUCAAAACCGGUGUUAGUGCUGGGUUCAGACCUUUAGCACCCAUGACUGGCUCUGUGCUGCACUUGGUUGUGUUGGAGCAAGUGGAAAUACUUGGCCUACACCGAUCAUCCUGAUUUGGAAAGGUGUCUCAUGUACCUGUGACUGAUUUCUGCUGUUCCCUUCCCCUAAUCAUGCGUUCCUUUUCUCUCCCUUGGCUUAGCUUCUGGGAUGGCUGUGGAUGUUGGCAGCAGCCAGCGGAGGAAGGUGGAUUCCCCAGGGCCUUGUGCUGCUUGUGACUGGCAUAACUAUGCCCUUGGGCUCGCUGCUGCUCUCUGCUUCCUCCUGGGAUGAGUGCAUGGCACCAAGCCCUGCCGAGGCAGGGGUGACCUACAACAAGCCUCGCCCAGUAAAACUCUCUUCAAGGGUGGCCUUGAGGUUAUUCGGGACAAUCUUGGCAAAGAAAAUAAGUGGAGCUGUUAGCUUUGGAGCUCCAGGCUUCUCCCAUUACGCUCCCUUCCGUAGUGGAAUGUAAAACACAUUUGUGUUAUGUUUGGGACUGUCACUUGACUGCUGUUCCUCUCCCAUUGUGCUGCUGCCCAAACCCUGUGCACAGUGGUGCUCCGAGCAAGCCGUUGUUCAACCACUUCCAAUUAGAGGUGAUGAUGGGAUGAAUAUUUUUGUGUCUGCCUUACCAAGACACCUUUUCCUGGUAUAGUGGUGCCUUAAAGUGUGCCCUCUGCUUCUCCCACCUGUAGGCACAGGCUCAGCGGCCUUGUUACCACUGCUGACAGGGAGUUCAGCCCUCUGCAGGUGGCAGUCAGGGUGGGAGGCGGUGUCGUGGCUGUGGCUCAUUGCUUGUGCUCUGCUUUGAGAGCUCGCUUUGCCCUCAGCUGCGAUGCUGCUGUGCCAUCCCAACUGCCAGUUGUGUUUUUAUCAACCCAGAAUGACUCCAAUCUAAAGGAACGCAUCCUGUAACAAUAAAGCUUGUGUAGGGAAAGGAACCGAGCUACGGCUUGGGGCUAAAAAUGCCUUCUCUGGAGCAGUAGCCGUUGUACCUGUGUCACGGGCAUCUGGCUGUGUGGUUAAGUUAUGGGGGAGAAGUUCAAUUAUCGGGAGGAAUAGGGUGCUGGUUUGCAGCAACUUGGGAAAGGUUCUGCCCAGUCUUACAAGUGCACUGGUUCCAGAGCAGUGAGCACACGUGGAUCGCCUGGGAAGGUGUAGCUUGCUUAAAGCACGAGUGCUUAACAGAUGGCUGAGUCACAGAAGCAGGCUUUGUUUGCUGGCCCAUCUCUGCUUCAUGAAACCCUCUUGUGCUUCUUUCCUUACGUCCUCUAUAUGUCCUUGCGUAGAAUGGAAGUUCCCAAGAGCUGUUUACGCAGGAUGGUCUCUUUGGUACUGAUGUGACCAUGGGUGGGAUCAUUGGAUCCUCCUUGGAGGCUGCUGUUGCUGGGAUGGAUGGAGAGCCAGAACCCUUCUUGAUCUGAGUAGCCUUGAAGUGCUUUAUAUUAAGCAUGUGAAUAGUAAAACUACUGUUCUUAUGGCCCCUUAACCUGCCUGCUGCUUCCCUUUACUUCCCAGAACCAAGGGGCAUUAGCGAAAACACCUCAGUUUUGAAUGACUGUAAUUUCUUUUUCAAAGCAUCUUCCUAAAAUACACCUAAAAAAACCUUCCAUCUUGUUCUGAGGCUUGAUCCAUGGGGUGAUUUUUUAGCUCUUCAUGGAAUUAGAAAUGCAAGAUGUGCUGGGAUGAGAUUUUGAUGUUUGUGUGUGCACAGAAGAUGACUGUGCUGGCUGGUGCCUUCUGAGCUGCUUGUGUUUCUGUCACUGGGACCCCAUGGCUGGUGCUGGCUGCCCAGCCUGCCUCCCACUCUGGCUGCAGGGUGAUGGUCCACGGGCCGGUGGGCUCCCUGGCACAUGGAGGGCUCAGCUGGCUCCCAGAACUGUGGUCAGCCUUUCUCCUCCUGCUCCUCCCUGGAGGGGGGUGAAGCAGCGGGCAGAGCGGGGCUGGCAGCUGGGCUGUGUGUGCUGCCAGCACAGGCAGCUCAGAUCCUCUUCCCCAGUACCACUUUCUAAUUAAACUUAUACAAAUGGCUACUCUGUUAUUAAUUAGUCUUUAUCUGCUUUGGGAUGCUCUGCCCGAUGCAGUUCUGGGGAAAGUGUAUCAUGGGACUGAUCUCGGGGAGAUCCCUGCUUGGUACUUCCCUCAGAUGCCUCUAAAUUGAGGGUUUAGAUCCCUGACAAAGUUCCUUACGAGCCUUUCUCCAACACCAGAUGUUUUUAUCCUGCAUCUCAUUAGCUUGUGAGCUCUUUGUAGCUGUUGCUUCAGAGUGUUAUAGAAACCCAGCCCGAGGGGCCCGGCGCCACCCCUGGACUCUGUGUGGGGGCAGAGGGUGGGAGGCUGUGUGAGCAGGGAGUGUGCAGUCUGCUCAGAGGUUGUGCUAAGAGUUGCUGCUUGCAAAAUGAGACUUUCCUCAUCCCAGCUCCCCUCCAGGGAGGCUGCAAGAACCUCUGACCUGCGUUUCUUGGGCUUUCCUGCAUGGAGGGCCCGUGUUCAUUAGCGCUGCAGCACGUCCGCACAUGGUGCCCGGCAGUCUGUGGGCUGAUGGGGACGUGAGGAUGCAGGGCUGGUGCUCACACCCAGCCGGGCUGCUUUAGAAACCCACUUUUUUGGCCAAAAGGCUUCAUCCUUCCAACCUCACUAAUAAAGAAUCACCUUAAAUAACGGAGUAAUCUUUGACCAUGGAGGGAUGGCAAGGAAUUCUUGUGAAUUGACUUGGUGGGUACCAGGCUUGGCUUUCCAUUUUGCUACCCCCGGCUCUGAGAGCUGCCCGGUGUGCACUGCCCGGUGCAGCCAUGGACCAACAGCGGUGGUUCAAUCCUCCUUGCUUGAGCAGAAGCUGAACGCACUAUCUGUGUUGGAACAGGCUUGUCCCUGUUACUACUUGUGAGGUGCUCAUUGCAGAAAGCUUUUCAUUUAUUCUCUUUGAUUUGCUAGGAGAAAAAGAAGAAAAAGAAGCACAAGAAUAAGCAGUCCUCAGAGUCAGACUCAGACAGCUCGGACUCAGACAGUGAUGGGACCCAGCCGGCAAGCAAGAAGACCAAGCAUUCGGAGAAGCCCAGCAAGGCUCAGAAGAAGAA